CACUGCUUAUAAAUAUGAGUUUUCAACUGUAGUGCCUCCUAGGCUUCAAUGCAAUGUUUGUUUUAUGUGUGCAGAUAAUCCAGUUGAGCCACCACUACCGGCUCAGGAAGGUGCUGUUUUGGCAGGCCCUAGUACCGCGCUGCUGUCGGCGAACGACACCUUUGAAACCAGCUUUUUACCAGAGCUAGCUGGGCCAGCAACGCCAGCUCAAGAAAGAGACACGACACAUGCAGUGCCAACUGCUGCUCAACCGCACGCUUCAGAAGAUCAAGCUGGCAUUGGCACACGAUUGAGACCAGCGCGAGGCCGCAUAGCAGCAAUAGAGCGUGUGCUCGCACCUGAAGGAGCUGCCCGACUGAAGGCCCUUCAAAAUGAUCAGGAGCACAAAGCAGAACUGCAUUCUUUAGAGAUGCGCUUGCGUCGGCAGCAGCUCCUCCAGCAACGACGUCGUCACAGGAUGGAUGAAGAACGGAAGCAGGAGCUUCACAAAAUUGAAAUACAGUUGCGACAACAGCAGCUGGAGCAGCAAAAGUGGCGCAAUGACGUGGAGCGCCAGAUGCUGCUUCUUGAAUUAGAGGCCAAGAAGCAGCAAGUUGCACAAAACAAGCCGGCAGAGUAAUAAAUAUUUUAUUGUAUUUU